GUCUCGGGGGAAUCGUCCCAAACUUUUUCAAUUUGUUUGCCAUGGGUUCGAGUCCCAUUGCGGUAUUUUCUUCUUUUUUUUUUUUUUGUUAUUUUGAUUUUUUUUCUUAGUUUUCUAUUCUUUUUAAGGUUUUAAAAGUGAAAACUCCUCCAAAAAUACUGAUGACAAAUCAAUCAGUUUCCUUGACAUAAAAAGGUUUCGGUUCUCUCUGUUUUCCUAGGGUUUUCAAUUUUCUACUUAAAUAACAAUGCUGCAGUUUUUGACUUUUAUAAAUUAUCCAUUUACUGUUAUCUGCAGGGAGUGGUACUGUUACGUACACAGAUAUAUAUCAUAUCACUGAUUUUGAUACUAACAGUAUAUACAUCAUGUCGGUUACGACCUUCAUUUUCAUUCUCAACCUCCUUUCACCUGCUCAAUAAUAUUUCUACUUCUGCUCUGUUUACUUCUGUCAUUCAGUUUUGUUUUUGACGUKUUUUUGCUAUGACGUCUCAUCCUGCUAUAUWUACUURUUUGCAUCUGCUCUYUUCAAAUAUUGAAUUGGAUUCAUUUUCUUCGGCUUUGCGGUUCCUUUUAUGUCCCUUUUCCAUACUUCCCGCAUUGUUCAGUUGUCGGUUUUGUUUUUGCAAUCUUUGUUCAAUGUCCACUCGUUAUGGACGAAUUUGAAUUGUUUACAACAGUUUAUUUAUCGCAAUCUGUUACCAUCUUGUAGCAGGUUAGACACGCGCAUUUCAAGAUAAUAAUAAAAAUUAACCUACUUAACCAACCAGUCUUCACCUCCUCGUGAGACGGACUAGAAACWCUGUCAACUAACAAAUUGAAUCAACCUAAACAUAGUAAUUAUUUAUAUUUCUAUGACUGGUUCCGGCAGAACAAUUGCCGCAGAGGUCUUACGUCAAACAAAGUAAUGCUGUUCGCUGUUAUUUACUGUACUUGGACCUUGAAGAUGAAUUUGUGUAAAUGGUGAGUCUAUGCUAUAAGUUCCAUCUCUUUACUCCGACGAAGGAUUAACGUCCGAAACGUAAAGUCACUUCAAGACACCAUAUCAUGAAUAAUUCUUCCUUUGUCCAGCAAGAGCCAGAAAAGCAAGUCCCCUUUGAGGURCUUGCCGUUGUUCUCGUCAUCUUGUCMAUCGGAACCAUAUUAGGAAACGUCCUUGUAUUGGCUGCAAUAUGGACCCAGUCCUCUCUACAACGUCCGACCUACAUUCCUAUAGGAAGCCUGGCACUAGCAGACCUCUUGGCAGGCAUUUUUGCUAUGCCAGCUUAUCUAAUCAAAAAGUCACCGAUAGAACUCACAGGAGCCUKGGAGGGAGUGAUCUGUGACGUUUUCMGGUUUUCUUAUUUUACUUCCGGUUAUGGRUCMAUUGUAAGCCUAGCGGUAAUAAGCGCAGAGCGCAUGRUCGCUGUUAGACAUCCGCUGAAGUAUCAUACUAUAGUUUCAAGUGGACGUCUUCUUUUAGCGUUAUUAGUAGCAUGGGUUGACGUCAUGGUUAUAUCUUUAUUACCAUUUAUCCCCUUUGGGGRUGGGGGUAGUGACGAUGUUUGUCACUAUCGUCCGACUAGCUGGUGGAGUAUCAUGGUGAUUGUGACAAACGUCUUCGUUCCUUUUCUUUUCAUAACAAUCUGCUAUAUCGAUAUGUAUGUCGCAGUACGCCGUGUCUUAAGGAAAAUUGAGAACCAAAAAAACACCAAGCAUAAUGUAAAAAAACACAAUCGAGACACUAAAGGCACCAAGACGGUAACCAUCGUUAUUGGACUCUUCGUUAUCUCAUGGUUUCCGUCAUGUCUGUAUUACUUUCUACGAGAAAUAUGUCCAUCAUGUUUCCCUGAAAAGUUUGUAGCUGAGGGCGUUUUUAAUAGUCUUAUGAAGAUCAUGACAUUCACWGGSUCAUUCUGGAAUCCGCUGAUAUACUGCUGGCGCAGCUUGGAGUUCAGGGCAGCAUUUCUACGAAUCUUGACGAGGAAAUCAAUCGUGCUGGCAACAMGAUCGCAAGCAGCGACAAUAUCACUUGGUGUUAAUAUGCACUGACGAUGCAUGUAUACGAAUCAUAAUCAUCAAUAUUAUUAAUAUGAUUAUUAUUAUGGUUAUGAGGUGUAGGGUGGCGUAAUAUGUUCAAAAUACAUUGAUAUAGAUAAAUAAAUCAUAGAUAAACAAGUUUG